CCCGUCCCAGCCUGGAGCAGCACAGACCGCCCAAGGAUAUACCACGGGGGGAAUCCCCGAACUCGGGCUACAAACCCUCCAAGGUCACCAAGAACUCCCCCUCCCCCACCCUGACCUACAUACGAGAUCCCAGCAAGGCGUCCCCCUCCCCCUCCCCAACCCUGACCUAUAUGAGAGAUCCCACCAAGAACUCCCCCUCCCCCACCCUGACCUACAUAAGAGACCCCUGCAUGACGUCACCGUCCCCACCGUUUCGACCAAUCAGAGAAGGCCUCAGCACCUCGCCAUCUUUGCUGACGCGUGACGUAGGCAGCAGAGAUUCCCCGCCCUCCCCCUUCCGACCAAUCAAAGACUUCGUCGGGAGCUCUCCCUCCCCGCCCUACAAACCCGUGCGGACUCAUGUCUCUGUUGAGGUGCACCAUCACCACCACCACCAGCAACAACACCAACAGCAGCAACAACAACACCAACAGCAGCAACAACAGCAGCAACAACAACACGGGAGCGAUGUAAUCAGCCAUAGCAUGAACAGCUCAGAGGAACUACAACAACAACAGCAACAACAACAACAGCAACAACACCAACAGCUGUCCGGCCGACUAGAUCGCUCCCGGUCAUGCGCAGACCCGGCGUUGUUGUACUUCCGGACAGUCCCACUGUCCAAGAUCAAAGCUCAGAACCGCACGGUGUACUCACACAGCCUGGAGUCGGCCACGCCCUCUCGGCACGCGCAGUACAAAGACAGCCGCAAGGUGAAGAGCUAUGAAGACUUCCUGGAGGACCACGACGUUCUCAAGAUCACCGAGUUCUCCAAGGGUCCAUUCUACAACACAGACUUCGACAUCAUCUCCGAGCUGGGCUCCCCCACAGGGUCGAAGGUCAGAUACAACGACACCGGAAGUCUGGAGCAGCUGAACGAGGACCAGGGGGACUACCUCAGUGACCUUGACCUAGCGGUGGGCGGCGGGCGGGAGUCGCGGAGAGACCAGGACCACUCGGAGGACACGGAGGACAGCGCAGAGACCAUCAACGGGAACCGGAAGUACCAGGCGCUGUGGCGUCUGCGCGCCACCCUGGAGGAGGAGGAGGAGUGCAGCGACACCAUCCGCAUGGAGGACAUGACGUCACCGGACGACUCCCCGGACAGAGAUCACGUGACCCCCAACACCACCUCCUUCGAGUCUAACGCCCAGAGCGACCCGUGCCCCAGCGACCAUCAGGACAGCGGCAUCCUCUUUGAAGUGUGCAGCUCCACACCCAGGCGCCCCAGCCAGGCCAACCUGCUCCACCCCAACUACGAGAACAGACGACAGAGCUACAGGAACGUGCUCAAUAACCGCCUGCAGCGCGGGAACCAGUCGACCAGUGUGGAGAACAGCUUUGACAGUGUGGAGACAGACGGCGAGGUGUCUGACACGUCACGCUACGAGGUGACCACCACGUCCUUCGAGUCCACCACCACCACGGACAACACAGACAGCACCACGGAGAGCCAGGCCAGCAAACUCCGCCAGAUGAAGGCGGACAGCGGCUACAAGUCUUUGGAGGCGCAGCAGCAGAUGUCGAAGGAGCUUCAGGAGGGGGAGGGAGGAGGAGGAGGAGGAGGGGGAGGGGGAGGGACCACGCACGGUAUCUCCAGCUUGGCGAAAGAGCCGCGGCGUGAAAAUCGCGCCGGUGUUGACCGCGCCAGUGUUGACCGCGCCAGUGUUGAACGCGCUGAUGACGUCACCAAAGACGUGUGCAAAAACUGCGGGGAGGCCAUGUCGUCAAGUUCCGGUGCGAUGGUGGCGGUGGGUGCGGUCGGCGCCGCCUCUGUGGAGUCGGGAUUUUCCGGCGGUUAUCGAGAACGACGGAACAGCGGGGCGGGAGGUAUAGCCCAGAAGAACGGGGGGAUGAAGAAACCCUCCCCUCCCAGCACCUCUUACUUUGACCGGAGGAACGGGAAAACGGCGUCCAAGAAGCGGCGAGAAUAUUCUCGAGAGAGACAGACAGUGCACGUGUACGAGAGCAUGAACGAGCCAGAGACCGACUCUCGCUCUGACCUACAUUCCGGUGGUAGUUUUGAGGACAGCUCCAUCCCCAACAAGAUCUCUGUGUUCGCGCGUUUCUUCAAGUCCCACCCGCGCGGCCACAGAACUCACUACUUGGUCCGGGACUACAGUAUAGACGAAAAGACCAACUCUAUCUUCAACGAGUUUGUCAGGCAAGAGUUUCCCCCCGGAUCUCGUGAAGCUGCCGGGAGGUUAGGGGUCAGGAGGUCACCGCGCAUGCACCGACAGCGGCUACAGCGGAAGCACACGGAGCCGGCUACACUGAGCGAGGAGCGGUCGACGCGGAGAGACAGGCUCGCACCGAGCAUGCGCAGUGCCAGUCUGGGAAGUGACAGCAGCGCCAGUUCCGCCCGCCGGAUCUCCCCUCAGGACAGCAUCGAGGAGGAGGAGGACGAGGUGGAGGAGGCAAUGGCUCCCCUCCCUCCCCCCGCCCCGCUGUGGGCCCCCUCCCGACUGGCCGGAAAGUCUCCCGAUCUGAGCUACAUCCAGCGACAGAUGCAGCAGGUGUCCAUCCACGACAUCCCCAUCAUCAAACUGCCCGAGGAGGAGAACCAGGACAGUUGCUUGUGACGUCACUCCCACUCCAAACAGACGACAUCUUGUGACCGGUCUUGUGACGUCACUCCCACUCUAUACAGACGACAUCUUGUGGCCGGUCUUGUGACGUCACUCCCACUCCAUACAGACGACAUCUUGUGGCCGGUCUUGUGACGUCACUCCCACUCCAUACAGACGACAUCUUGUGGCCGGUCUUGUGA